AUGGCGUAUGAUCUUAUUAAAACCAAAUCUGAUUUUACACGAAGAAAUGGAAACUGGGUUCUUCUCUUAGCAAGUCUUGGUUUCACCGGAUAUGGAGCAUACAAAGCAAUCCAAUCCCCUACAGUAAUCACAAUGAGAAAAAGAUUACUUAACCUCGCCGGAGCUUUCAUGUUCGUUGCAGAAGCUAUGGCCGAUACAGCCCAAACACUCGGCGUUGUUUCAAAAGAUUUAAAAGAAUUCGUUCUAUCCGAUUCAGAUUUCGUCCCAAAUAGUUUCAGACAGAUCACUAAAAUCGCUAGAUCUGAUGAUGUUUCAGACUCUGUUGUUAGAAUCACUCGUGCUUUAACCUUAGGUAUCAUGAAAGGAUACAGAUCUGAGAUAAGAAGAGGUGAGAUUAAACCCGGAUCAGGAUUAUCAGACAGGUUAUUCGACCGUCUGUUUUCCACCGCCGGAUCGGGAUUUGCAUCUAUCGUUGUUGGGAGUUUUGCUAAGAAUCUAGUAACAACGUUUUAUUCAGUUCCUUCAUCGGAUUCUGAAUCGGAUGUGAAAUGGGUUAACGUUGUUUGUGAUGAGAAAUGCAAAGAGUUGAUUGGGAAUUGCGUUAAGAUGUUCGUGGGUACUGCCGUUGCUUCUUAUCUAGAUCGUACUAUUGAUAUCAAUCCGUUUGAUGAGAUUUUCUCAGGUUUAACGAAUCCGAAGCAUGAUACGAAAAUGAAAGAGCUUUUAUCUUCAAUUUGUAAUGGGGCGGUUAAGAGUUUUGUGACGACGACGAAUCAAGUAUUGACUGGUUCUGAGACGAGGGCGACGGCGGCGGCGACAGGGUUGAAUAAGACGAAAUUGAUGGUGGAGGUGACUGGAAAGAUGACGUUUGAAACAGUUCGAUCGUUUCUUGAGUUUUUGUUGGAGAAGAUUUUGGAAGGAAUAAGGAAGAGUUUUGAAUUAUAUGAGAUGGGUAUUGAAAAAGGUUUUGAGAAGGGUGGUGAAGUAGUUGAUGAAAUGAAAGUGAAAACAACGGCUGUUUUCACCAUUUGGAUUUCUUUGUGUUUGAAUGUUCUUGGAAGUGUUUGGAUUAUGGUGCCGCCGGCAUAA